CUCCGGUGACAGCCCCCGGUCCGUCCUGCAGCUCCGCGGACUCCAGAUCUGUCAGAGCGUCGCUUCAGGUUUCACCUCCACAGACCCGCUACAGGACAGAGCCACCGACCCGCUACAGGACAGAGCCACCGACCCGCUCACAGAAGCACCGGUCACUCGGACCUGCGUCUUGUGUCUUCAUCAGGAACAACGACGACGCGACGCGACCCGCUCCUCGCUGCACAGCUCUGCCAUGCUGCCUGGAGGCCAGCGGUGAGAGAACAUGUCGUCAGACUUCUGCUCCAGCGAUGGUCUGGUGGAGAGGGGCUCCAUCCCCCUGGACAUCGACAAUGUCCACAUGCUCCUGCAGGUGGAACAAGAGCAGAUCCAGAAGAGGACCUUCACUAACUGGGUCAACGCUCAGCUGGGAAAGCGGAGGCCACCAUGUCUGGUCGUGGAUCUGUUCAACGACUUCUGCGACGGCUCCAAGCUGCUGGACCUGCUGGAGGUGAUGAGCGGCCAGCGCAUCAGUCGGGAGCGAGGCCGGGGAAUGUUUCAGCACAGGAGCAACAUCGAGAAGGCCCUCGCCUUCCUGAAGAAGAAAUCGAUCAAACUGGUCAACAUAAACAUUCCUGACAUCAUCGACGGGAAACCGUCCAUCAUCCUGGGCCUCAUAUGGACGAUCAUCCUACAGUAUCACAUCGAGGAGUUGGCCAGCAGCCUCUCGUUUGACUCGCGUCAGUCGUCCAUGGAGUCUCUCACCAGUCUGGACUCGCGCUCCACCCUGUCGAGCCGCUCGGCCAGCAGCAGCCCCGUCCAGCCAAGAGCGUCGCCGCUGCACGCCCGCUUCAGGGUGUCCGCCAAGAAGGCCCUGCUGCUGUGGGUCCGGGAGCAGUGUCACAGAGCCGGCUGCUCGAUAAACGUGAAGGACUUCAAGGCGAGCUGGAGGAGCGGCGUGGUGUUCCUGGCGAUCCUGUACGCUCUGCGGCCCGACCUGGUGGACCUGUCCCGGGCCAGAACCAGGAGCAACAGGCAGAACCUGGAGGAGGCGUUCCGCAUCGCAGAGAGGGAGCUGAGGAUCCCCCGGCUGCUGGAACCCGACGAUGUGGACGUUCGAGACCCGGACGAGAAGUCCAUCAUGACCUACGUGGCCCAGUUCCUGCAGUACUCCAGAGACCUGCCGCUGCCCGAGGAAGACAUGCAGACUCAAUAUCUGACUCCUCCGAAAAGUCCCUCUCCCAUCAACCUGCCUCUUCACUACACUCCGGCUAUCUCUGCUUCACCCCUGCGACAGGCAACACCCGACCGUAAGGCACAGGAAGUGACGUGCUGGCUGGCUCAGGCUUACGACGAGCUCCUGGAGGGAUGGGACUCCACCGAGGGCGAGAGCUACUCCGAGAGAUACCACGUGUUCCAGACGUUCCUGGUGUCCUUCAACGAGCAGCGCCGGCCCAUCAUGCCGCUGCUGACGGCGAUGAGACGAAGCCCGAAGCUGAGCGACGAGCAGCGGGCUCUCCGGGAGGCGUGGGACACCCUCACCGAAAAGCUUCGUGAGUACAAAGUGGAGCUGGACAGGAGUCUUCCUCCACCCCUGGAUGCGGUGGCCCGCUGGCUGUUGAGGGCAGAGGGGGCUCUGGCCGAGGAGGAGGGCGACCCCCAGGACCACGGCCGCGCUGCCGACGAGGCCAAGGAGAAACAGGAGCUGCUCAAAGUUUGCCUGGAGGAGAUGCCGCAGCAGGUCAAGACCUUCCAGUCCUUCCAAAACCUGGAUGAGUACGGAAACAUGGUGGUUCCAGCUGACAAGAUGGAGGAGCUAAAGAGGAGGUUCACCGGCGUGAGAGUGACGGCCAAGUACCACGGGAUCAAGCUGGAGUACCGCGAGCACCGGCACACAGUCCUGGAUCUGUUGGGGCAGAUCAGGACCAAACUCCGCGUCUGGAAGAGGCCGUACAUUUCUCCGGAGGCCGUCAGGGUGUUGCUGCAAGAAUGGCAUGAGCUGGUGAACACCCAGGAGCUGACCUCUGUGUUAGAAGCAGCUCUUCAUAAGCUGAAGCAGAUUUCUGAGAAAUAUUCAAGCAAGUCUGCCCUGGCUGCCGAUUAUCAGCACGUCAGUCAGCAGGUGAAGCAGCUGGAGGAGGACACCGCCGUGGUGUUGGAGGAGGUGACUGCGGCCAAGGGCACCAUGGGACGCGUCCUGUCCGCCUGGGACUCGUACAGCGACGGCCUCAGCUCCCUGCAGGCCUGGCUGGAGCAGGGCUCGGCCGCACUGAGCGGCCCAACGGGCCACAGACCAGCGGUGACGUCUGACUCUGUGGCGGAGUGGGGUUCCCGACAGGCCCACCUGAACGAGGUCGGCAACUUCCUGAUCGAGUCCACGGACGCUCAGAGCAGCAGGAGUCUUGCGGAGGAGCUGCGCCGGCUCAACAUGCACUGGGCUGAGUUCGUCAAGAAAAACACCUUCGACAACGUGACUGAGCCCGGUGCUGACGUACAGACCAGAACCCAGGACCCACAGGGGCUGAUCCGAGAAGCUACUCUGAUUCUCAAAGAGCCUCUUGAGACGAUGGCAGGUCCUUUGCGUACCUACAGAAAGAGAAUCCAGAUCAUAAUGAGGAAGCUGAAAGAUGUGGAUGUAGAUACUCUGGCGCCGUCCCCAGAAUGUCCAGCAGAUCAGUUACAGAAACUGAAGCUUGCUCUACCUAACGUGAUGCAGACCCUGCUCGACGCAGAACAGAUGUGUAUGGAGCUGCAGCACAGCGUGUCCGGUCUGGACAGUCGCCUGGCUGAACUCCUGCACUGGGAGACGGAGGCCAGGGAGCUCUACCAGCUGCUGAGGGCCGCAGAGCGGCAACAGCAUCCGCGGGGCCAGGACCCGCGAGCCAGGGUCCUGAUUUCCCGUGGUCUUCAGCUGGAGGGUCAGGUGGUCACAGAGGAACAGGACCUGCAGGUGAUGGUGAUGACAAAUCAGAAGAGCUCUCCCGUCCGGUACCUCCACGCCUCAGCUAUGCAAGACAGAGUGCGAGCGGCUGUUACUCAGUCACAGGCAAGUUGA